GGGGAGUGGGAUAAGGGGAGAGCAGAGCAGAGAGAGAGAAGAGGCAGCAUGGAGGGAGAAAACGGGAAGGCAGUGCAGUGAGUGUUGUGGUUGGAAUAUUCACCCUUCAACCAACAUUGCUUCAAAGAAUCUUACUGUAUCUUUGGUGUUUGUGGGAGCCUCUGUGUGCAAAUUGUCUGCCACUGUGCAGCAGAGCUUCCACCUCGGAAGUGCUUCAGGUAGCCUCAGCGGGAUGCCCUGAUGCGGUGGAGGGCAUUGUCAAAAUGCAGGUCUUUUUUGUAGCAUUUCUAACCAACGUUUGAAAUAAAUUUCCCAAAUGAGCGACAAAUGAAAACCUCUGGAACCAUUUCUGGAACAGUUGGAUGAUACAUCAGGAGAGUGGUUGGAUGCUGUUGGAUGGGUGCCCUGCUACACGUUAACUCUCUUUAUAUGAAUGAAGCAGAAUGAUGAAGAACUGGGGUGUCAUUGGAGGAAUCGCGGCAGCUUUGGCAGCGAGCAUCUACGUGUUGUGGGGGCCGAUCACUGAGAGGAAGAAACGCAGGAAAGGCCUCGUUCCUGGCCUGUUGAACCUUGGAAACACCUGCUUUAUGAACUCCCUGCUACAGGGUCUGGCUGCUUGUCCGUCCUUCAUCCGCUGGCUCAGUGACUUCACGACGCGUUAUAGCUUGGACACAUCCCAGGAGGAGAGCUGUCCAUAUCUGUCUGUCACGCUCCUCCGCUUACUCCGAGUGUUAUCCAACGCUGAAGAGACUUCAGAGGACGUGGUGGAUGCCGGAAGUCUCCUGGAAGUCUUGAGGAUGUACAAGUGGCAAAUGUCUUCGUUUGAAGAGCAGGAUGCUCAUGAGCUGUUCCACGUCCUCACCUCUGCUCUGGAGGAUGAGCGAGACCGACAGCCUCGAGUUGCACACUUAUUUGAUGUUCAGUCUCUGGAGAGUCCACCGGAACCUGAGGAAAGUCAGGCAAGCUGCAGGAGCCGAGGACCUUUGCCGCCGCCACCAAGUCCUUGGAAGUCCCAGCACCCUUUCCACGGCCGGCUCACCAGUAACAUGGUGUGUAAACAGUGUGAGCAACAGAGUCCUGUCAGGUAUGACACAUUCGACAGCCUCUCCCUCAGCAUUCCAACAGUGACGUGGGGCAGACCUGUGUCACUGGAUCUCUGCCUGCAACACUUCAUCUCCUCCGAGACCAUUAAGGACGUGGUGUGUGAGAACUGCACCAAGGCAGGGGAGAAACAGAGUGGAGAGACUGCGGAAAACCAGAGGACAACCUUCAUCAAACAGCUGAAGAUUGGAAAGCUCCCUCAGUGCCUGUGUAUCCACCUGCAAAGGUUGUCGUGGUCCAACCAAGGAACCCCCCUGAAGCGCAACGAGCACGUCCAGUUCGGCGAGUUCCUCUCGCUCGAUGCCUACAAGUACCGCAGCCCAUCUCAGAGGCUGGGACACCGCAGGCUGAGCAGACCAGCCAGCACUGGAAGCUUACCUCACAUGCUGGAGGCCACCAUGCUGAGCAAGCCAGGGUCCACUCAACCCAGCCUUAGUAAAAUGCAGGUUGCGAAUGGAGCAUGUUCAUCAUCUCUGCUAUCACCAUUAGCAACUGCACCAUCUUUUGGAACCAGAAGUUAUUCGUCCUCCGUGUACUUGUUCCGACUGAUGUCUGUGGUAGUCCACCACGGCGACAUACACUCGGGACAUUUUGUCACGUUCCGCCGCUCGCCAUCCACCUCGAAGAACCCAUUGGCGGUGAACAGCCAGUGGAUGUGGAUAUCGGACGACACAGUGCGCAGAGCCAGCCUGCAGGAAGUCCAAGCCUCCAAUGCCUACUUACUCUUCUACGAACGAGUCCGGCCCCUGGUGAGGCGCACAAGCCCUUCGUAUCCCCCACGUUCCACAUCACCAUCGAUUCUUUCCACACCUGGAGGAUCUUUAAUAACCAUGGCGUGCACUCCUGUCUGAACAUCAUCUCAGAUAUGCGACUGUUGCUUUAUUUUGUUAAUGGGACCAAGUUGACUACUUUGACUUUAAGGAUGCCACCACCAACAAGGGUAAGCUCACUGCGUGGCAUGAUGCUGAGCCAAACAGACUGCACUCUGUUGCUGCGCUGUGCUACAUUAGCUGAUCCAGGACAGCUUUGCAUUUAACCAAAGUUCCCACACAUUCAAAGGGCUUGAUGGGUGUCCUUUCUGAUGAGCUUCCUUCUACUUGUUGCCCCAGGAGUAUUGCACCACCUUUAGUUUUACAGAAUGUAACUAUGUUCAGUAUCCGCAGUCAUCUGUUGACUCCGUCUGUGUGCGCAGUGGGCAAGAACCCAAAUGGGCUUAAUGGUUAUGCCUCUCAUGGUCGAAUAGCUAGAUGCCGCACCUCAGUGAGAACUGGUUCUUUCAGCGUAGUGAAGAAGACCAGGGAGAUGAGGAGAGCUCCUCUCGUUACCACUUUGAUGGUGGUCACGUUACACUAUUCCAUGCUGUUGUCCCUGAAGGUGUGAGAGGCCAUAGCCCAAUCAGGCUGGAUGCAGCACAGCGUCUCAUGCAAAUUUCGGGGUGAGUGGUGGAAAUUUGGGCUUUCUGUUGAGCUUCCUUGCUUCUGGGCUUCGCAACAUUGCACCACCGUCCAGACCAGAAUGGAAUUACGACCACUAUUCUCAGCCAACUAUCACCUCAGCAUCAGUCGUUUCUGAGGUGCUCGCUCAUCCUACUGCUGUUGUUGGUAGAAAGGAGAUUGUCAAAUAGACGAAAGAUGCGCUCCCACGUAACCAUACCACGCAAACCAUCAAGAGAUUGUUUAUUCAUUGAAUCUGGUAUCGCAUUGCAUGUUGUUCUGGAAUUGGCCGAACAAAGAAAAAUAGUGCAGAUGCUGGAAGGCUGGAAUAAAGUCAGAAAAUGAUGGAAACACUCAGCAGGUUAGGCAGUGUCUGUGGAGUGGGAAACACGGUUAACAUUUCCAGUCAUUGACCUUUCAUCACAACCUGCAGAGCUUUUCCAUCAUUUGCUGUUUAUAAACCAUUUGGGUCUGGAAAUUUUAGGGAUGCUAAAGACUAUAAAAUCUAGCUCACUUACUCCCAUAUCUUAUGACGGGAGAGAGUCCCACAUUUCCACUGUGCUUUCUAUGAAAAUAGGCUUCCUGUUUUCAUCCAAGUGACUUGGAUCCAAGACCAUGUCCUAGUGUUGCUGCCCAACGUACAUGACAGGGGCCAGAGAGCCCAGACCUAUUCUGCUCACCUGAACAGACUUUGUGUUUAACCAAAAAUAAAAAUUAGAUUGUGGGUGCCGUGCUGUAGCUGUAUCUGUAUUGAAUCGAGAGUGGGUUCUCCUCAAAGUGCCUGUAGCUUUGUAUUGUGACAAAGUCUGCUCUAUUUUAUAUUGCCUGUGUACUGGGUGAUAGAGGGUAGGAGGGAGAGUGUGAGAAGGAGUAACAACAACUUCUCAAGACUGGCAGACUUGAUGAUUUAUGAGCCAAGCUUUAACUGUUGUAUCUUGGCUCUUCGGUAAAGACAAGUCAUAUUCUGGAAUCUUUUGCAAUCAAACUUGUGCUGUUCUUCAGAAGUGAAUCGAAGAUGAGUCUGAUCCAGGAGAGUGUGAAGAGAUGGGAAUGGCUGACCAAUAGGCCAAGUAUUCUGUGCCCACCUGCACCUUGCUGUGUAGACAUUCACCAGUGUCAAGCCCUGCCUUAGCUGUUGGUGUACCCAUUAAUCUCCAUGAAGUUGUAACCACAAGGUUUGUGUGUCUGUGUUGACUGUGUAUGAUAUGGAAAAGUGAGAAAGUUUACGUAUUUGAUUUUUAAUACUUUUGUGAGAAAAUAAUGUGAAGUUCUGAUUGUAUAAAUAGAAACUUUGAAGAGAAAGCAACUUUUGCACUAACCCAAUAAUUGUAUGUACAUAUAUAUGAACUGGUUCAAGGAGAAAGUAUUUUCCAAGUGUUUUAAUUAAUUUGUCAAACAGAAAAGUAAUAAAAUGUUCAUUCAACUGAUGACAAUUCUCCAUUUUAAGGUGGAUUUGCCUUUAGUUCAACUUUGGCCUGAGUUUGCCCUUUUUCUCCAGAGUCCAAACCAAGACCGGAAGGAAGCCGCCUUGUCGGAAGUUGGUACGCGUUGAUAUUGGACAGGAGCAAGAUUGGCUCAUUUGCAUUGCAAGUUACGAUAGGAUAACGGUUCUGUUAGUAGACUGAUAUCAGAAACCUGGAUUAUUAAUCCAGAGUCAAGAAUUCAAAUCCCACCAGAGCAGCUGGCUAAUUCUAAUUGAAAUAAUUAAAACCAGCCAUGUCCCUGCUGUACUCGGUGAA